GGGAGGGAGGGAGGGAGGGAGGGAGGGAGGGAGAGAGAGAGAGCGAGAGAGAGAGAGAGAGAGAGAGGGAGAGGUCUGUCGCGAGCGCGUUCGGGAACGCGUGUCGUCCAAGAUGGCUACCGCCGGCAACGCGUCGGCCGGCGGCGAGUCGAACGGAGCCGGUAAUAAUAACGUGCCUCAAUGGAAGAGGGAUCUGAUACAACGACGAAGACAACAAAAUAAGAUUCUAUCGAGUAACGGAGGAGCGAGCGUUAAACUUUCAUCGACGGAGAGUCGCGACGAUAUCGCGAUAGUCUGUCGUCAGGAACAACGAGACGCAUCAUCGACAAAAACGACGACGAUAACGACAACGUGCGAGGAAGAAAAGUUCGGUGGUAGCAGUAACGAGACUGGUACUGCUAUCGCCUUUACCGAUGCUCUUGCCGGUAAUAGUGUUAGUGGUACCGGGGGCGGCAUGGGCGGCCUCCCUACUACGAUGGCUCCGCUUGUCGGCAGGGGACUCGCUAGUGGCGCCACCAUUCUCCACGGUGGUAAUAGCUGCGAAAUUGGCUCAGUGGCGCGCAACAUGCGUCUCGAGGCGGAUCUCUCACUUUGCUCCGAUUCGGAGGAUGUAAACGGUAGUGGUGCUAGUGGUGCUUCUAUCAGAUCCACGGACAUGGAACGAAAGAUGGAGCACGUUGGAGAUGAUUACGAGACCGAGGAUAAUGUCCUUGGGACGAGGAGAACGCGCGAGAUCGGCAACAACGUAUUCGAAGAACUUAGUGGUAACACGAUAAGCAACGUAAAGACCGCCGUAGGCGUGAGAACGAACGAAGCCGACGCCGAAAGCGACAGUUCCGAGGAACUACAAUACGGUCCUGGUAUCGUGAAUAAACUCAAAAGCAAAUAUCUUAAUCUCGCUCUUAGGGAAACCAACAAGAGCCGAGCGACCGUUCAACGUUUCCGACGUGCUGCCAGUUUGGAAGAUCUACUCGAUCGAGAGGACGAGCCGACGAACGAAAAAAAUCCGAGUACCGUUUCUGGUAGGAAGUACGCCAAGAGAAAUGUCGCCGGGCAAACGAGCAAAACCGGCGGCGAUAGGUAUCGAAAUGCUAAUCGUGGUAACGAAACGAUGAAGAGAGCUAGAAGCGUCGAAACUCUCAUAAGGUACAAUGCUUGUUCAUCCUCGACCGAUGAUUCCGGUCUCCCAAAGACAAAUGCUAACACGAGGAUCGCCUCGAGACAGGAUCCGAUUAACGAUCACAUCGUUCUCGUCGACAGGAGCACCGUUAAGAUAGAGAGCCGACUUAGCGAGAUAGACCGGCCCAAGGCGGCAAACAAGCCGAAAAGAAUCAAGCCAGUUUUGGCAGAAACCGAACGGCCUCCACCCGAUCUAGUCAAGACGACAAUGCGCAUAUUCGAAGGAUCGGCGAAAAAGUUGAAGCCUAAAGGAGAGGUCGCUGCCAAGGUAGCGACCUUUAAGACGAUCAACGAUACUUUCAAAGCGCAGAAUCAAAAAAAGGUACUACCUAAACCGCCGCUACAGCCUAAACCCUUUGUCAAUGGUAAUGCCAGGACUAAUACUACCGGUUCCUCGUCACCGAAGAAGAUCGUCUUACCUCAAAAACCAACGGCCGAACUUAUAGAAAAGGACGAGGAUUUUCAUUUCGACGGUGUCAUUACCGAUCCUAUAGUACAAUCAGUUUCUUCUGUAGUGAGCAAGUUUCAGCAAAUUGAAAAGUCUCAUUCGCCGUCACCUUCGCCAGAGCCUACCUUUAAUAAGCUCAGGUUUUCUCCAGCACCGAGUCCAGAACCUCAAAAUAGAUCGAAAGUUGGUACUCUCGAGAUAGGUAUUAAAUCUCCACCUUUAACUCCAUUAUUGUCACCCAGGAUCUCUUCUCCAGCUGCUCAGAGUCCGUCUUCGCCUGUCAAGGAUGUCAAUAUUCCUAUACUUCAGAGUUCCAGUCCAAUCCGUAAACCCAGUCCUGCCAAAGAGAUCGCAGAAACGGGUAAGCUCGUUCAGACGCAUAAUCGCCAGGUAGAAAAAGAAACGAUGAUAUUGUCUAUGAGACAAAGGUUGCCGAGUCCUAAAAAAAAUGAAACCAUCGAGUCAUCCAUUCCGAAGGAUCUUUCUAUUGAUGAGUUGAGACUAGAACCAGAAGUAGCAGAGGAGGUAGAAGAUCAAGAUGAGGAGGAGGAGGAGGAAGAAGAAGAAGAAGAUGAUGAAGAAGAAGAAGAAGAAGAUAAUGAUGAAAAUGAUGAUGAUGAUGAUGAGGAAGAGAAGAACAAAGAUGUGGAGGAUGGGCCGAAAACAAUUUCUUCCUCGGCUUUAGACAAUAUUGGUAAAGCUGGUACGACAAUGCGUUUUAGGUUCAACGAUGAGUCCAAUGCCAGAGAAAAGAAUUAUUUGCCAGGUGUGAAACAAAAUGGACGUAAGCUCGAGGAAAGGGCUACGAAUAUAUCAAAGGCUAGUAGCUGUGAUAUAAAGAGUAAUGAAUCCUUUGUUGGAAUUCUUCGAGAUCAGGAAAUAGCUUCGAAACUUCUUCGUGAGAGAUUGGCUCUAGAUAAAGAUAACAAGAAGAAGAACGGGGACAAUGUUGAGAUCGAAGAGAAGAAGGCUGACAACAAAUCUCCAAAGUCUGCUAGCUUAAUCAGUUCUACCACAACGUCCUAUUCUCAGGGUAACGAAUCUAAAACGAUAAGAUGUCAGAAAAGUGAAUCGUCUCCGCCUCAAAAACAAAUUGGUAUUAUAAGACCACUUGUGUCCACCAAAACCCAAAUUCCUCAACAGAAUCUAAGCAAUCGAGAGUUAGAGAAGAAUCUUAUAAAUCGCGUUAAAAGUAUAGAACAACCUACAAAGGUUGUGGUUAGUUUGAAGAGUGCCGAUGAGAUACAGCCAACUAAGAAGUCGACUUCCACUGGUGGUCCUGGUACUGGUGCUGGUGCUGGUGCUGGUGGUGGUGGUGGUGGUGGUGGUGGUCUUUGGGAUGCCAAACCUUGGAAUCAACAGAACAACACAAUGGUAUUCAAUUUUAGCAACAGGAAGGACGUUCCUGAUUACAUAGAGAACGAUGGCCUUAUUAUCAAAAGGAAACGCGAAAAGCCAAAGGUUGGAGACGGUGGCAUUAUAGUGCUAGACGCAACUUUGGAUGCUUCAACGACCGAUGAUUCCGAAUGGGAGCUUUCGGGUGGACCACCGUCACCUUGCGAUGUGUCCUUUCUCAAUGACAAUAUUCUUAUCAAUGGUCGGAGCAAUCUAUCGAGAACACCAAGAAAUCACAAGCAUCGAAUACAAUUUGAUGAUAUGGCGACGCGCACCUUCGAAUAUCCAAGCGAGGCCUCGAUGUUGGAGGGCGAGGGCAGCAUCGUGGAUGGCGAAACCUCUACUUCCGGAGAGCAAUCUACGCAGAUCAUCAGUAAAACGUCCGCGACCGGUUCGACGACGAGCAUCCCGUCGCUUCUCGGAGGUGGUGGUUUGGCGAGCUAUACACCGAGCAAAGUGGAUUUGGCAUCUGAGGGCUUCGAAUUAGGUGUUACCAGGGCUACGUUAACAACGGUUACAAGCUUGACUACGAACAACACGAAUGGCAACGAUCAACAGCAGCAGCAGCAGCAGCAGCAGCAACAAGGGCAAAACGCGAGCGAGGUCGACUACUUGAAACCUGCUCAAGAUGGCAAUGCAUGGGGUUCCGAGACGACCGGUGAUCUUCUUUAUUGAAUAGCCGAUGAACCGGCGAAGAAGAAGAAAUAAAAAGAGGAGCGAGAAAAGAGGAGAGAAAGAAAGACAAAACUGCUGCGAGAGGCCAAAAAGGAAAAAAAGGGAAUCACGUUGAAAUAUUUUCUGCCUUUCUACCUUGAAAUACAUCAUAUUCCAGAGAUCGAGGAUAACAUAGGAAAGAAAGGGAAAAAGAAAAAGAAAAAGGAUCAGCAUCGUAGAAUUGAAGAGGAAAAACUUUUUCAUGAUUGUAAAAAUCGAUUGAAGAGAGAAUGGCUUUCGAAAGAGUGAAUUUUUUUUUCUUUUUUCCAUGAGAUUCUAGAAGGUCGAUGGAAAGGGGGAAGGAGGAGGAGAGAGAAAAGUAAAUAAAAACAAGUACGAUAAUGAAAUCCUCGAUUUCCUCGAAUGCACGGUGCAGCAGGAAAAAUUCGUUUGAAUACGGUUAGACGUUUAGUCAAAUUUACAAAAGAAACAGUAUCAUUCCAAGUUUAUGCAUUUACCUCUUAUUCUUACGAUAUAUCGCGAAGCGAACGGAUAACUUUCCUAAAGAGAACGAAUCAUCGAUUACUGCCAAGAUAUGUUAGUACUUGUUCUAAAUAUGGCGCCUUAAAAAACUACGAGCCAGUCGACGACGAUUCAUCGAGACAUCGUAGUCAUGUCAGAUAUAUGAUGCAAAGAGAAAAUGAAAGCAUAUCACCUUUUUGGCGUAUUUUAUAGAUAUAUAUAUAUAUAUAUGUAUAUGUAUAUGUAUAUGUAUGUGUAUAUAUAUAUAUAUAUAUAUAUAUAUAUACAUAUAUGCAUAGUAAAGUCGAUAGGGAGAACUGAAAGUUUUGUAACCUUUUUGAGAUUAUUUUACCGCUAAACUGCAAAGUAUUUAAGCUGCCAAUCGAGGAACAGAAUUUUAUGCAAACGUUUUUAGGAAAGAAAAAGAAAAAUGAAAACAAAAAAUUGAAUAUCUUAGAGGUGUAUGUGAUCGCGAAGGGCGGGGUGGGGUAUAUCUGUAAUAAAAAGAAAAAGAACAAUACACCAAGAAAAAUAUACCGAGGUUUAGAUUUGUAAAAGUUUUUUGCCAAAGUAGAACGUAAGUCUACUUAGAAUAUACUUAUCAUAUAUGUACAAUAAGCCACUGUCGAUUUACUGGAUUUGUAAGAAGUCGAAAAGGAAGAAAGAAAGAAAGAAAAAAGAAAUUCACCGUUUCACGUCAAACAACGAUCAUAUUUCGAAGCGUAUUGGGAAGAUGCCUCGUACGUAACUUAAAUUGUACUUCAAUAAAAGUACAUGCGUGUGUGUGUGUGAUUUCAUUUCGAAUUUCAGCCAGCUUUUUGUUUGUCAUACGCGGACGAGGACCAAAAAUAAUGGAAUAGGAGAUAAAAGGAUUUAUUGGUUCAUUAAGAUUAAUUAUUAAUUUUAAGUGAAAAAAAUUAUGUAUAUACUAAAUUAUUAUUGGUCUUAUGAGCAUUUAGGUUCGUGAUAUCCACUCUCGAAAUUCAGGGAGGGAAAAAAUUAAGCUAGAUUAAGACCGAUAUUCUAUGUAUUUUUAUUUCUUCUAAUUGUCUGAUUUAUGUUCAAGAUAUUAGUCUACCGCAUGUAUUCUGAACGUUCAUUUUUGAAUCGUGUAAGUAUUUAAUGUAUUAUCGAAGCAUUACUUGGUAUAGAUAAUCUUUACUUGAUUGCGUUAUCGCUGACUGAUUCAAGUAAAUAAAUACAAUAUAAAGAUAAUAAUUUAUUGAAAGGUGCAUUUAUCGUUUGUAUUGAAUCGUUCUCACGUUUUGUUGCGUCUGAAAUAGGUAUUAAUUAGGUACUGUUGUUCUCCAAGUAUUUUGUGAUGUAAUACUUUUAUUUAAUUGCCUAUAUUAUACACGAUCCAUAAUUGGUGGAUCAAUGUCACAGCGUUGUGCUUACACUGUGAUACUCUUGUUAUUCUUCUAGUACUCGAUAGUAACUCUCAAGGAAAUGCUCGGAUGGAAGAACAAGUCUAAGAAGACCUAGCUAGGGUUAUAUCUGCAUGGUAUCGAUAAUUGCGCCGCGGAGUUAGGGAGGAGAUUGUACGCGUAGCAUUCCAAAUUUAUUGACAAAGUAUUGAUUUGUAUCACUUUUGUAAAGUAGAUUUUUAAUCUCCUUAUUGCAAUUGGGGGAACUCCGUAAUGUUUUUGUAAAUUAUAUUUGUACAAUAUGAGCAAGUACGAUUAUCGGAGUCCAUGUUAUUAUGCAAGUAGCGUUUAUGAUCAUCCUUAACACAAUUUGACGCUUGAAUUUACAAUACUACAUUAUCGAAUAUGCUUAUUAAUUAGAAAUAUCGUGUGAUGUAUCUCGUAUGUGUGUCAAAAUAUUGAAGUAAUAAAAGGAAACAAGUAUGUCUUACUUCAUA